GCGCGCGCUACAGCACUUCAACUUGUUGAAGUUUCCCCCUGAACUUUACAUUCCGCGCGGACCUGCCCACCGUUCAGCAGCAUGCCUCUCUCCAACAAGUGGUGGAUUUUGUGCGCAGUUUUGCUCUCCUGCCUGGUCCGUUUUGGGUCUUGCAGAAAAGCACAUGGAGUGCCAGCUGAACCCGUCAUCUUUAGUGAGUUAUGUGCCCUGAAGGACGAGCCGGGGCCGUGCAGGGCCAUAAAGGACAGAUACUUCUUCAAUGUCGACUCCGGACGCUGUGAACUCUUUGAAUAUGGAGGCUGUGGGGGAAACCAGAACAAUUUUGAGACUUUGGAAGAAUGCGAGGAAACAUGCCUCGUCUCGGAUAAGAAGAACCCAUGUCAUUUACCCCAGGCUCCCGGUCCCUGUCGAGGGCUCGUGUCACGCUUCUUCUUUGACAGCUCGAGUCAGGAGUGCAAGCAGUUCUAUUAUGGAGGAUGUUUUGGCAAUGCCAACAAUUUCAGGACCAUGGCUGAGUGUCAGGCAAAGUGUCUAAAUCCAGCACCAGAAUCUCCUUCUCCAAGAAAAGACGAUGUUCAGCCAAUCAUCGAGACUGGGGAACAAAUUGCAGGGGAACAAAUUGCAAAUGCACCGUUGGUGCAAGGGAAUGACACAAAUCCAGAGACAAACGAGCUGUGCUUCAGACCUGUGGACAAGGGGACAUGUAGUGGUUCAGAGAGCAGAUAUGCAUACAUUCCAGAAAAAAAGCGAUGCCAGUCAUUUUCCUACAGCGGCUGUGGAGGGAAUGAAAACAACUUCAUAACCCGGAGACACUGCUUCCACAAAUGCAUCAGAAAGGGUCAUGGGAAGAGGAUGAUGAUCCGAGUAAGGAGGAAAAACUUACACAACAUUCUUAAUUACUCAAGAAGAACACUCGACUCUGCGUGAGAUUCUACUCUGCUGUCAGCUGUAUUUAUGCCAAUAUAUGUUUUGUUUGGGCUUUUUUUUUUUUAGCUUUAUGCAUGUUUUUUUUUCUGCUCUGCAGCCAAGUCUGCCACAACCCCUUGACAUCAUUGGUCUGCCUCUGUGUUUAUAGCAAUAUGAUUUUCUUGACUUGUUGAAACAUGUUUAUUCAUCUCAGGAAUAAUUUGAGCUUUGUCAUUUAAAAACUCUGUUAAUUUUAUUUUUGGUCAGACACAUGAAAGUAAUGCUGUGCUGCACUGUGCAGUUUGGAGUCAUUGUUUAGAAUCUGCAUCUAAAUGAUGUUCAUUAACUGAGAUCGUUAGAAGAAAAGACUGCGGGAUCCCCCUGUGGUCUAGAUACUGGUGGCGGUAGAGGAGAAUAAGCAGAUGAUGAUGACGCUGAUAGAGAAUUUGGAUCAAGCUCAAGGACAACCCACACUGGUGGACAUGGGGAGGAGCAGGAGUAGAUUACAAUAUGUUGUAAUGGAACUAGAGGAGAAGCUGGAGAUGGAGAAGCAAGGAUAUCAACAAGAGGAAUGUCACAGAUUGGCUCUUUCUUACUGAAAUGAAACACAUUUUGAAAUAAGGGGGGGGGGUCACUUUUUGAAGGAAAAAGUGUGACAAAUGAAGCUAAAAGUGACACCAAAGAGGGAUGACGUCCUUUCGUCCUAGAUGAAGGUGAAGAAUAAUGAUUGGACCCUGAAAAGAAACAAAUGAGGGCAGACAUUUCAGAGGAUUUAUUUUUUGAAAAGAAAAAAGCUUCAUAAAAACAGAGUUAGCCACUGAGAAAUAUCAUAAAGAGCCUUGUCCUGUUUGCUUGUCUGUGUGCGUCCCUUUGCCGCUCAGACUGCUGCUGCCAUGACCUUUAAUAAAGAGCUGCCAUACAUGAAUGAAACAUAUACUGAACAGCUAUCGCGUAUACAUGAUGAUCAUGUCUUUAUGUCUUUUCAAUAAUAACUUGCUCAGAAAAGGGCAAGCAUAGUAUCAAAGAAUAAUAUUUCUGCCUUUCAUUACAAAACAUUAAAAUUUAUGACCUUAGCAACAGCCUGAGUGACAUACAGAGACAGAUGAGCUUUGAUAUCGCAGCAGGAUAGUCGUGUUUUCGAUUUACAUCAGAAUUUAUGGAAAAAAAUAUAACAUCGUACAAGCAGACUUUGAAAUAAUUGCUACACCGUGCUGCUGAGGACGGUGCUCUCUGUUGGUGUCGUUGUACGUCAGGCAGCAUCUCAUAUUCUUCUGUAGCACACUUGGCUUGGGAUAACAGAUCUUGUGUAAAAAUGAUUUUUUAAUUACAUAAAUUUGAUUUUUAAUGAAUUAAACUUGUUAUUCGCAUUGUUUCUAUCGCUUAUUGACAAAAAACAUUUGUUUGGCUGAUGUUUAUGCUCUGGGCACUAAUGCUUUGCACUGCAGUUAUUAUAUGUAUACAUAUUUUAUGUCUUUCUAUUUUUACGAUCAGAUAUUAUCGUUUCGAUAUAAACUUCUCACUAUAGCCUUAAUGGGAAUACAUCUAAUGCAUAUUUACUGUGUAUGUACAGCAGCUGAUGCUAUUCUACUGUGGUAUUGGCAUAGUUUCUCUUCAGUGUGAACGGCAGCAUUAAAGUUGUGCACAAUUCUUCGUCCAGAAUUGAAUUUUUUUUAAGCAACUCCACAAUCAAGAAACCAUCACAGCUGUAAAUCAUUGUGAACAGGAUAAUGACUGUAUUGUUGUUUGUUGUUGAUUUUUUUUAUGACUUUAAAUCAAUGUUUUCAAGCUUUGGAAUGUUGUUGGUAAGAAAAGCCAGAAGGGGGCAGUGUUGUGUAAAGAAAGACGUUUGUGAGCAGCAGACGAACAGUGCUGUUUACUGUACAUGGCUGUAAUGGAUGGGACUGAAAGUUUAUAUAAUACAUUUCAACAAUCCUA